AAUGCCUCCCCUUUUCCGAUCUGAUCACGCCUCACACGCCCGUCCGAGCGAAUCCAUCAGCGAGAACCCACUUUGAUUCCCCGCCCCCGGCGCAAGCCCCCACCCGAUCCCCAAAUCCCCCGGCGCGAUGGCGGCCAGCCUGUGGCGCGCCGUCAUGGGCACGAGCGGUUCCUCCUCGUCGCCGCCUGGCGGCGUCGAGUUCUGGCACGGGGCGGAGCGCACGGGGUGGCUGAACAAGCAGGGCGAGUACAUCAAGACGUGGCGGCGGCGGUGGUUCGUGCUCAAGCAGGGGCGGCUCUUCUGGUUUAAGGACCCCGCCGUGACGCGGGCCUCGGUGCCCCGCGGCGUCAUCCCCGUCGCCUCCUGCCUCACCGUCAAGGGCGCCGAGGACGUGCUCAACCGCCAGUUCGCCUUCGAGCUUUCCACUCCCGCCGAGACCAUGUACUUCAUCGCCGACUCCGAGAAGGAGAAAGAGGAGUGGAUCAACUCCAUAGGCCGGUCCAUCGUCCAGCACUCCCGAUCUGUCACCGACGCCGAAGUUGUCGACUACAACAGCCGCCCCCAGGCCCCACCGCAGCCCAAGGAGAGCGACACGAGCGAGCCGUCAACGUAAGAUCGCGGUGAUCCCUGUGACUCUCUCGAUGGCUCUCAAUUGUAGUAUAUUUACUUCCAGGUGGUUGUGAGCUUGUGGCCAUGUUCCGUUGCCUCUUGUCUCUUGAUUAUAUGUAUAUUAAUUACUGCUGUCUCGUAAUAAGUUCGGUAUUUCUGUGUAUAGCUAGUUCUUUUAAUAUAUUACGUGUUGCGUGUUGGUCUUGCAACAGCAUAAUUUAUCAACUGGUUGAUAUUUGGUUAGUUUUUUGCAGUCAUGACGUUUGAAGUCAUUGGCUCGAAUUUCGGAAAUUGCAACUAAUCUUAACCA